AUGGCAACUUUCACAAAUGACUCCUCUCGGGCUGAGACUACGACACUGAAUCUGUUUCAAGGCGCACGGUUCUGGCUAUCUCUCACUGUUCCACAAAGGUCGAGGUUUAAAGAAUUAAUUAAGCAAUAUGGUGGUACCGUUGUGCUGAUGGAGAAGGAUGCCGAUGUGAAGCUGGUGGAUCACACGAGGAAAGACCUGCCUAAGGACACAUUCUCAUAUCAAUAUGUAGAGCAUUCUAUCAACAAGGGACGACUCGAAGAUCUAGAAGCGCACCGGGUUGGGCCAUCUGCACCUCGUCCAAUGGGUGCAUCCAACAUUCCCACGAAGAGCACAAGAUCGUUCUAUACCCUGAAAGAGGACCAAAUCUUGUUUGACUGGGUCGAACACUUUGAACAAGAGCCAGGGGCGCCUAUCCAAGGCAAUAAAAUUUACCAAGAUCUAAGUGAACUGUUUCCCGCUCACCCAUGGCAAUCCUGGCGUAGUAGAUACAUCAAGCACCUCCGUGGCAAAGGCCGUCCAGGGGGCGGCACCCCAUUAUCAUAUGACGAACUUUUACAGUCUGCACCACCCCAAGGAGAACGCCCAAAGAUCUUACCUGCCCGAAUUUCCCUAAAUGACUCCACAGCAAAAUCUAGCUCAAGGGUCCCUCGGCUGGCACCACCUGCUCCGGCCCAAGCAAGUACAGCAAACAGCCCAAAACGAAAACGAGAUCCGGUCCCUGAACCAUCGAAUCGAAAGCGGCUGGAUGUUUCACCUACGAAAAGAAGAGCAAUUGAAGCUUCUGCCACCGUGGGCCUUCCCUCACGCCGUCCCAAUCCUGAUAUCCGAAGACCCCAACCAAAGUCAUCAGUCGUGGCGGCCACAUCACCCUUUACUACACGGCCAGAAAGAGGCCCACCCGGUAUCCCGUUGUCAGAUACCGGACCGCUUCAAGGCCUUGGGAUUCCAGAACUCUUUCCAGUCCUGAACGCUUCCAUACAGAGCCCUAGCCGCGUCACUCGGGAGACCUCACAACGACAACGACCAGCAGAUGUAGCAGCCCCGCCAGCCCCACCGCGACCAUUGGGGGACAAUGCCUUCGCACAGUCUGGCCGAUUCAAGAAACAAGCAUCGAAUCCUAGACCACGAGUCAAAGAUAUCUUCAAAGACCCAGUGGAUCCCAUUUUCCUAGAGCUCCCAUUCUUGCCAUCAAGCCCAGCAUCCGAGGCGACUGACGAUGACACCUCAGAUGCGCCCGACGUUGAUACUUGGAUUGAUCAACGCCUGGCUCUAGGUGCCAAAGAAUCCCACGUGUUCGAUGCUCUGCGGUGUACAAGCAUGGUCCCAGAGAUGGCAGAUAAGGUUCUCAAAUACCUCACCGCUGGCAAGGAUAUUCCUGAUGAUAUGCCGGGAGUCUGGACAGCAGAGGACGAUAGCUGUUUACAAGCGGAGGAUUAUUCGCGGGUGCGGCGAGUGUUGACGAAGCACGGCGCAGAAGCGUACAAGGAUAGAUGGGAAUAUUUCAGCAUGGCCCGGCAGACAGGACUCAUUGAAUAA